UACAACAUGGAUCAUCAAGGAGAGUACAGAAAGGAAGAUAUCCUAGAUAUAUCAGCAGAGAAUUGGCAUGAGAAGUGCAACGUGGUUCCUAUUUCGGCUGAGGAGUUGAAGAUACGAAGCGAGCUUGGGAUGGAGAUUGAAAAUGAGUUGGAGAAAGAGAUAAAGGAGGGUAUAUACCAGCUUGCGCUUCGGCUGCACCGGAUUUACCAGGAGAGGAAGGAGAGAAGUGCGAAAGAAACGUUUGGUGGAGCAGUUAGUGAAGUGAAGAUAAGCAUAAGAAUGGAAGGGAGAAGUAAAGUGGAAAUGAGAGAGGUGAAGAAUGUGAAAAAGGGUGGUUCUUAUGUACGGAAUUCAUGGCCACAAAAUGUGAAGGAAGUGAAGAAGGUUGAUUGGGUAAAGAGCCUGAGAGGAGGUUCAAGCGCUGUUUGUGGGAGCAGAUUAUCAAGUGUGAGCUCAAAGAAGAAGGGGGAAAACCUAAGCACUGGCCCUAAUGCUUUAUCCAAUGGCAAAAUUCACGGUGGUUCCUUUGGGCUAGUAAAACAGAAUGCAAGUGUGGACAAGAAGAUGCUUCAAUUGGGGUGGAAGGUUUGAAGGGCUUUUGUUUUGAUUGCUGAAUUUUAUUUUGUUUUGUUUACAAGAAUAAUAGUAAAGUUUGGAAUGAUU